ACCCACCCCGAGGAGAAGGACCUGGUAUACAAUGCUUAGUACGGGGAAACAGGGAAAAAUACAGGCGGAGAGACCGAGUGAUCGUCACCGUUAUUGAGCACCGAGAACUCCAGGCGGGAACAUCGGGAGAGAGCAGCGCACCAGCCGGGCUGAGGAGCACGAACGUCGGCAUGAAGAUUGAGUUCGCCCCGCUAAAUAUUCCCGUGCAGAGGAGACUGCAGACUGCGUCUGUGCUGCAGUGGGUAUUCUCCUUCGUCGCUUUAGCUCAGUGCUGUCUGGCUGCCUUUAUCCUCCUCCUUCUCUCUGAUUGGUGGAUAUUGGCUCUGCUCUAUGCUGGCUGGCUGUGGUUGGACUGGGAUACACCCUCAUGUGGGGGUCGGAGGUCACAGUGGAUUAGGAGCUGGACUAUCUGGGACUACUUCAGGGACUACUUCCCUAUAACGCUUGUUAAAACUGUUGAUCUAGAUCCAAAGAAAAACUACAUCUUUGGAUUUCACCCACAUGGUGUCCUGGUUGCUGGAGCAUUUGCAAACUUCUGUACGGAGUCAACAGGUUUCUCCUGUCUAUUUCCUGGACUCAGGUCUCACCUGCUGAUGCUGCCAUUCUGGUUCAGAGUGCCACUGUUCAGAGAUUACAUCAUGUGUGGAGGUCUGGUGUCCAGUGCUAAGUCCAGCUUGUCAUACCUGGUCAGUUGUCCUGAGGGAGGUCAGGUUGCUGUCAUUGCAGUAGGCGGAGCUCCAGAGGCUCUGGACGCUCGACCAGGAGCUUUAAAGCUGCAGAUAAAAAAUCGUAAGGGAUUCAUCAAACUGGCUCUCAAACAUGGAGCUCAGCUGGUUCCGGUCUUUUCAUUUGGAGAAAAUGAGUUGUUUGAUCAGAUGGAGAAUCCAGCAGGCUCGUCUCUAAGGACACUGCAGAACCGGCUGCAGAGCAUCAUGGGAGUAGCUCUGCCUCUCUUUCAUGCCAGAGGAGUUUUCCAGUACAGCUUCGGAUUGAUUCCCUACAGGAAGUCCAUACACACUGUUGUGGGAAAGCCAAUCUCAGUCACCCAGACUCCCAGUCCUAGCAGUGAGGAUAUCGAGAGUCUUCAUGCAAUUUACCUUCAGAGUUUGACUGAUCUGUUCGAGCAGCACAAACACACUUACGGCCUGAGUGACGACCAGCACCUGACCUUCAUAUGACGUGUUUUACUUGGACAAUUCUUUACAUGACCAGUUUAUAAGCACCUGAUGGUCAGGUGACCAUUAUCUCUGUGGGCUAGCUGCUCCUUUACUGGAUAAGCACCAUGCUAAUAAUGCUAGCAGUGCACAUUGAUAUAAAUAAACAAUGCUAUAAGUAAGAGAAAAAAAAGAACAGUGUGUGAACAGUACAUAGACAUUAGGAGAGGUGUGUUCAAAGUGAUGUCUCUUUCUGUAAUGACCCAUGUUGCAAUGAUGCAAUGAUACAGAUGAUUGAUGAGGAUAUUCAGAGAUCUGCUCUGACAACAGGGUGACAAUAAAUGAGAGAAGAUGAAA